CAAAGCCUUGAACUCCGCGUGGCUGAUACUUAACUCAUUCAGGAUGCGACGAAUUCAAAAAUAUGAUUAGACACAGAUGUAAGGAAUUUGUAAAAUGUUAAUUGCCUAGGUACUACAAACAUUCAUCGUCCAUGGAUUUACUCAUAUUUAAUUACGACCCCGUUGUCUACGGAUUCUUUUGUUGAGGAAGCGGCGUGCAUCCGGGAUCUAAGCUUGGCCAUCAAACAAUUACAAGCGUGAGGUCGCAUACACAUUUCAGCGAGUGGCGAGUGCGACAGAACUGAGUAGAAGAGUGGGCGCCUACAUAAAGCCUAUGUCUCCGAAUACAAGGCAGUCUUUUCUUUUGUACCCACCUUUAGGUUUGGAGGGGCUCCGGCAGCUCAAAGCAUCAGUUCUAAUAUCAAAGUGCCCGGGGUGAAAAUCGACCCCACACAUGCUGCCGUUCAACUUUCUGUCAAACUCUGUGGACUACCUAUUGAGGGAAACUGGUCCCUGUAGGCCUGACGCAGGAUCUUGUCUCGGUACCGGGAUAUAUCUAGAGACCAGUGGAUUAAAGAGACAGCUGUGUCUUUUUGGGAAGUGAUUCUGUGCAGUUCAGAAUGCGCCACUUCUCUGUGAUAGAGAGAUACCUAGAAAAGGGAAGAGGCUGUUAGUCAAAGCAAGAGUUUGUGUAGAGGUCGUGUCAACGCCCUCCUUGACCAAUACAACACAUCAGCUAUCACCGAGCCGACACCAUGAAGUUUGAGAGCAUUCUCUCCGAGAUCAACGGGUUUGGAAAGUUCCAGAUCAUGAUCGUUCUUAUCCAGUGUGUAUCACGCAUCACCCUACCGGCCCACUUCCUGUUGAAUAUCUUCAUAGCGGCGAUGCCAUCUCACCAUUGUGCAAUCGAUGACUGGUUUAAAGAGGAUGUCCCUAGGAAUCUGACUCUUGCGCAGAAGCUGAUCGUCAGUAUACCAGCAGAGGCAGACGGGACACCCUCUUGCUGUGUUAUGUACUCAGAGCCCCAGUUCAACCUGCUGUUCAACUCUUCCAACACCACUGACCUUCGUACAAAACCAUGUCAGAAUGGAUGGGCGUUUGACAACAGCACUUUCAAAAGCACCCUGGUUACAGAGUGGGAUCUGGUAUGCAAGAACAAGGGGAUGAGCAAAGCCACCGCCACCAUCUUUUUCAUCGGCGUCAUGAUUGGAGCCCCAGUCUUUGGUGUCCUCAGUGACAGGUUUGGCCGGAAACCUUUGCUAAUGGUGUCCUACCUCUUGACCAUACUCUUUUCCGUGAUCAGUGCGCUCUCCAAUUCCUACGUGAUGUUCAUGGUCAUGCGCUUCCUCACUGGCUUCACCAUCACUGGGAUCAGCAUCAUCUCCAUCGUGCUCAGUGUGGAGUGGUUUGACGUUGAGCACAGGACGUUUGCCGGGAUCAUAGUGAGUCUGGAUUGGACCAUAGGGAACCUGUUGCUUUCAGGGGUGGCGUGGCUGGUGAAUGAUUGGCGCUGGCUUAUCAUCGCGGUUACAUCACCUCUCGUCUUGUCCGUCAUUCUGUGGUGGUGGCUUCCAGAAUCUGCCCGCUGGCUGAUCGCCAAUGGGAAGGCAGAAGAGGCCUGUGUGUGUCUGCGGAGAUGUGCUGAGAUGAACAAAUGCAAAGCUGACUUCACACCAGAGACAUUGGCCAAUGCAGUGACGGCGGACCGAAAGUAUACCGUUGUUGACCUGCUGAGAACUCCAAACAUCCGUAAACUGGCCAUAUGCACUGGAAUCGUGUGGUUUGGUGUGGCUUUUACCUAUUAUGGGAUCAGUCUCAAUGUGACUGGUUUUGGCCUGAACAUCUACCUGACGCAAUUCAUCUACGCCUUCAUUGAAAUGCCUGGGAAGAUUGGUGUCUACUACUUUCUCAAUAAAAUUGGACGGAGGCCCGGUCAGGUGUGGACCCUACUUCUGACGGGUGUCUGCCUCAUCGUUAACAUGUUUGUGCCUUUAGGUAUGUGGGUUUUCCGCACUGUUGUGGGUGUGCUUGGAAAAGGUCUGUCUGAAGCGUCCUUCACUAUAAUGUUCUUGUACACAACUGAACUGUACCCUACUGUAGUCAGACAGAAUGGUAUUGGAUACACCUCCUUCAUUGCUCGGAUGGGUGUGGCUAUUGCACCUCUAAUAAUCUUAUUGGAGGAUGUGUGGAAGCUCCUCCCAGAUGUGGUGUUCUGUUCCGUUGCCAUCGUGGCCGGACUUGUGGCAUGUCUUCUCCCUGAGACACGAGAUGUUUGUCUGCCUGAAUUCAUUGAGGACAUUGAAGAAACAAGAUUGGCCCAACAAUCGGAGCUCUCAAGCACCCCAGAUCUUACUCGCUCCCUCGGAGCCCAACCAAAUGGAGGGAUUCACACUGGAAUGCUUCAGCAAUAAAGUCACAGCUUUGAGCUUUUCAACAGACAAAUAGGUUAUCGUUUAUUUAAAAGUGUGUUAUUUUAAUAAGCCAGUGUGGUGACGUGUAAGCUCCUUUAAGUGGAGACUUACUCUCCAGUAUUAAUGGGAAAUGUUCUGUUCUGUUUGCUUUCUGUUUUUUCUCCUGAUUUUUUUUUAUGAGUUUGUAAUAUUUGGAGUGAAUUAUGAGAAUAAAAUGAGAUUGGCCCUGUUCUGCCUAAAAUGAGAAGUUAUUUCACUGUCCAUAAUAAAAUAAAUCAAGUUAA